UUCAAAAACAUAGAAGAGAAGAGAGCAUCUCACAGGUUUGCCUUGGAAAGAUCAAGGAAGACUGCUCAAGAUCGGUUAGAGAGGAGCCUUGGACUGGAGAUGAUAAAGAGAUGUAGACCUAGUAUGCUUCCUCAACCAAUGACACCGGCCGAGAAGCAUAUCGUUGCUAAAGUCACAGGCGGGUCACCUAAUUAUAUGAAGGGAACGAUUAGUUCAGAGGUUAAGAGAAAGAGCCAAGGUGUUCAAGUUGGUUCGGACAUGAAUAGCCAGAGCGGUAAUAAACUUGAUAUUUCGUGCUCCGGAAAUAAAAAACAGAGUUGGUCACCUAAUUAUAUGAAGGGAACGAGUAGUUCAGAGGCUAGGAGACAGAGACGACAAGGUGUUCAAGUUGGUUCGGACAAGAAGAGCCAGACCGGUAAGAAACUUGAUAUUUCAAGCUCCGGAAUUAAGAAACAGAGUAGUAGUAGUAGUAGUAGUAGUAGUUUGAAAAAGGUUCUGAGUUUUAAGAGAAGUUGUAGGAUUGGUCGUUGUUGUGAUCAAGCGACUUGUUCUUCGUUUCUUAGAAACUCAAAGUUCACAGAGGAUCUGAUGCUUGCUUCUCCUAAUGACUUGAAAGUCUGUCAUUAUACGUAUUGUUCACUCAACGCGCAUCUUCACGACCAAUUCCCACCUCUUAAAAACUUAAUAUCCGCAAGAAGACGUUCCAUGAAGUCCCAUGCAAAUGUGAAGAUGAGCGGUGAUGAUGGUUGUGUGGAUAUCUAUGUUGAUGGGAAGAAAGAAAAUGGAAGCACUCGAGAUGUUGUUGAUAUCCAAGUAAUCGAUUUUGAGCCUGAGGAUAAGGACAUGGAAUUGGGAAAGGCUGAAGGUUUAGAAUCUAACGGAACAGAGAUGGUGAGCGUACGAAAUGGUGAAGGCAUUGAAUCAGGUGAUGAAAACAUUGGUACGAUGAUGAUUAUCAUCCUAGGGAAUGCUCUUGAUGAGGAGCUGAACUCCAAAAAAUCUGAAGAUUGUAAGGAGGUAGAUGAAGAGAAAGUGAAAGAGCGGAUUGAACUUGUAUCGAAAACAGAGGAAACUCUGUUAACCCUUGCGCGAAAACCCUGCAUCCCAGAAGAGUGCACUGAGAGUUGGAGGGAAUUCAACCCAAGAGAACCCAAUUACCUUCCAAUCACCGCAGAGCCGAGCAAUGAAACAGUGGAACUCAAGCAUGAGGAGAUGGAUGAGAUGAAGAACACAGAGGAGUGGAUGACUGAUUAUGCACUUCAACAUAACGUCAGCAAACUCGCUGUAGAAAGGAAGAAGGAUGUAGCAUUAUUCGUUGUGGCAUUUGAAACCACAUUACCUAGAGAUCGUUCACCAGCUUUCACUAAUGGAAGACAUCUUCAAGCUUGCAAUUGACGUGCUCAAAGCCUAAGCACCUACUGACU